AUGUCGGCCAGCCAACUCGGUGCCGUAGUGCGCUGCUCCCACGAGGACUCUUGCGAGGACCAGCAAGUUCAAGACUCCAGCGCUGACGCUCGGGCCCACCACGUCUCCUCCAGCGCCGCAGUGACAAACAACAAGCGCAAGCUGGAGCAGAAGGAGGGCCAGCCGGUGCAAGACGAAUCCAAGAAAGUCUGUGCCAUCCCACGACACGGGCAACUGGGCAAGCAACGUCACCCGCCUGCAAAAACCGUGCGUCAUCCUUCUGACGCGGGCUUGCAGGAGAGCAGUGACGUCAGCGACACCGACAGCGAGGCCACCUUGGAAUGGGGCAAGCACAGUCCGGUAAAGGACUUGCAGACAGACUUCGACAAGGCAGACGAUGCCGCAGACUACGACGUCGACGAGGCAGAGCUAAAGAGAUGUCUUGCCGAGUUCAGCCCUCGUGAACGCCGCGCAUUGCCUGGGCCUCCUAGCAAGGAUCAAGGAAUCUGUUUGCCUGUGUCGCAGAGCAACUGCUCUUCAGUGGCCAUGGAAGAGGAAGGUUUUGGCUUCAUUGGCUUGCCCCGUGAGUCAGACCAAACCGCAGAUCCGGAACAAGAGGGAGAGCAGGAAGAGCCCACGACAGGCAGCUCGAAGUUUUGCUCUUUGUUUCAUCACAAGAAGGCCUUCGACAACAUGAUGUACCAGCGACGUACCCGAGCUCUUUCUCAGGAAGCCAAGGAGGCCUUCGACAAGGUGAUGGCGAACCAGGCAGAUGCCGGCAGAAAAGUGGAGGAGUUUGCCCUCGACGCGACAAUGAGCCUUGAGUCAGGCAUGCCGUUUCUGGAGCACAGCUCCGCUGCUCCUGAGGAUCAAGGAAUCUGUGUGCCUGUGUCACAGAGCAACUGCUCUUCAGUGGCCAUGGAAGAGGAAGGUUUUGGCUUUGGCUUGCCCCGUGAGUCAGACCAAACCGCAGAUCCGGAACAAGAGGAAGAGCAGGAAGAGCCCACGACAGGCAGACGCGGUCGCGGCAAGGGCCGGGGCAGAGGAAAGAAAGCACCAGCAAGCACUUGCGUAUGUCCCAACUGUACAGCACCAAAGUACCCAGGCUCGAAGUUUUGCUCUUUGUUUCAUCACAAGAAGGCCUUCGACAACAUGAUGUACCAGCGACGUACCCGAGCUCUUUCUCAGGCAGACAAGGAGGCCUUCGACAAGCUGAUGGCGAACGAGGCAGAUGCUGGCAGGGAGGUGGAGGAGUUUGCCCUCGACAAUCCGCCGGAACUUAAAAAGAAAGGCUUGGUGGACUUUGCAAAGUUCCAGCGAGUGCAUGGCCAGCGUGUAGGCACGCACUUGCAGAAGGGCAAGAGGCCUUUCACUGAAAGGGCUUAUUUCAAACAUGCCGAGAACGAACUCGGUUUGACCGAGGAGGAGGCGGCAGAAGAAUGGAAGGGCUUUGUCAGCAACAAGAGCCUGAAAAGGGACAACUUGGGUUACAAGGGAGCUGAAAGAAUCUGGGUUCCUUGCCAUGAGCUCGACUACGAUGACCGGGAACACUAUGUGGACUCCCAGGUAAUCGAGGGCAGCGGGGACUUCAAAGCCCCCAGUGUGGAGGAGCGCAAGAUGCUGCAGGAUCACCUGACCAGACAAAAGUUGUCCUUCGAUGACGUGCGGUUUGGCAUCACGGCUGAGCAAGCUGCAGACUUGCAACAGGGGGUGAUGCUGACCCCCAAGAAGAAGGAUGCUGCUGAGAAGGCCGGAGAUGACGCACUGACUCCUGAGAAGGUGGCCGCCGUCAACCUGUCACGGGAGCCCGCUCAGCUGCACCGUGCCAUGGAAUCCUCGCUGAAGAAGAUUAAUUCAGAGUUCAAGAAAGCCAUGCCCCUGGCUAUCAAGGCUAUGGAUGAUUACAAGAAGCACCCUGCUGAACUUCGAUCCUCUGACCGUGCUUUGCUGGCCUUCUGUCGCACUCUCCAGUUUCGGCAUGAGACUGGCGUCCGCUGUCUUGGCAGGCCGGAGGACUUGCGCUGGAUUGUCCCAGACUCCAGCGCAGGGAGCUCUGUGGGUCAAUCCGGGCCUGUUCCUACCGUGCCUGGCCAGGGCCCAAGCCAGCCAGCCACCCCAAGCAACCCAGGCAAUUCUUCUGCUGGGGCUGUGAGUGUCCUGAACGGUGCUGAUGCGGUGAGUUCAGAGUUUGUGCAGGAGCGUGCGAGUUUGUCCUGGGAAAAUUUCUUGAAGGAGGCCCGAACCGCUAAGGGCAAGUUCUGGGAGGGUGAGCUGAGUGCUUUGAGGGCCCUUGAGUCCGUGCAAGAUUCCAUGGAGGAGUUGCUAGAGUGCAAAGAUGCAGCUGUGUUCCUCCAGUACAAGCAAGACUGGCUGGCUACAGAAAAGUCCCUCCAGCAGGUACACAAGGGCAUCAAGCAAGCGGCGGAUGAUCUUUCCAAGCACAUGAAGUUGAAAGUGACAGAAAGCGCCCGUGAAAAGAGGCGGGCGGAGGAUCAGAAAGCCCGCGAUGAGUUGCAGCGUGUGAGGAACGAGGCCAAGGAAGCAGCUGAUCAGAUCAAGAAGAGGAAGUUGGAGCAACAAGCAGUCGUUUCCGCCAUUUUCACCUGUGACUUGCCGCUCAAUCUGUGCGAUGCUGUCCCAGAGCGGACAGGUCUAAGUACAGAGGGCCUGGCCUGGGAUUCUCCGUGGGUCAUGAAGUGUGCUGCCGAAUUGGUGCCAGUGCUUGGCGAUACCGCGAUGCAGAAGGCCCUGGCUUCUUGGGGGUCUCAGUACAAGAAAACAAUGGCUUCCACCAAGCCCAAAAAAACGCAAGCAACCUUCCCUAUGGAGGAAAAGAGCGGUCGUGGCUUGGUGAACCAGUUCAUGCAGAAGCUCAGGCCUGCAGGAAACGAGCCGGACAUCUCAGCUGUCUCUGGAGGCAAGCAGUUUAUGGAUUGCGCGUGGCUUUUCGGUGCCAGCCCUGACCACAGGACCGUUGCCUUUUUGCCCAACCAUGCACCCUGCAUCAGGGUUUUGGUUGUUGGUGAGAUGCGCCACAUCAUGAUUGAGUGGGACAGCUUGUCAAAGGCCCUGGACCUCAGGGCGGACAAAGCCACUGAGGAGCUGUCAGUGCAAAGCAUCCUUGACAGGUUCCAUGGGCUCGAUAGAGCUGGAGUUGAGGGUUUGGCAGGCAAAGUGAAAUGGAUGCAGUGCACCCUCAAGCCACAAACGGCGUUGUUUGUUCCCACAGGUUGGCUGGUGGUUGAGAUUUCCGCAAACAACCCGCUCAUUUACGGGUUUCGCAAAGGUUUCUUCACAUUUGAAAAAAGCCACAUUGCAAAGUACGAGGAGGCCAUCCAGGUUGCCUCUAACAUGAAGCACAAUGUAGAACGCAUGCAGCAGAUCCUGGAGAUCCUCAAGGCUGCACCGUCGACAUAG